UGUCAACCAAAAUCCCCUCAAAGCUAUGCAGCUCCCUUAAGCCCUUCUCUCCCUCAACAUGAGCUUCUGUGGGUCCCCAGGAUUACUCUCUACUGGGACAUCCAGGGCCCUGCCCCCCUCCCUGCUGAAGCUCAGGCAGCUUCUGGAGGACAAAUUGCUCAUCCUCCAGGAAACUGUUUCUGCAGACAGGCAGGUCUGUGAGGAGAGCGACGCUGUCGGGGACAUCAGGAAGCACUUGGACCAAAGCCAGGAGCUGAGACGCCAUCUUGCUGAGCUCCAGAGCAACACUGAGCAGGAGAUCUCCACCAUCACACAGCAGCUUGGGUGUGUGGUGCUGCGGCGUGAGCGUAUAAGCUGUGAGUUAGCCGAUCUCCAGAGGCAGCACUCCGAGGUCCAGUCCGCCCUAGAGAGGAACCGGGACUCAGACACCUGUGCUACUCUACUGCAGCAGAGGCGUGAGCUGCAGGUGUGUAUAGCCGGCCGGGCAGCACAGCGAGAGCGUGUGUGUUUUCGGGAACAGGCCCUCCGAGCACUGCAAGGCAUUCUAAGCGCAGACGCCCACAGGUACCAGCAGGAGACCCAGAAACUUCACCUCCUCAGCCACAGAGCCUCCAGUGUCAUGCCAGGGGAGAGCCAGAACGAGCCGGACAACAUGGACAGCCUCCGCUCGGACAGCAGGACAGCCACAGCGCUCCAUUCGGAGGCGCUCACUAAUGGACACACAGCCAUGGGCGCUAAUGCAGGAUCUCCAGGGUCGCCGGGGAGCGCGGAGGACGAGGACAAAAGGUGGAGGGCGAGCAAACAGGCAGCGUCCACGAAGGGCUCGACUCUGACGCGCUCCGGGAGCGUCAAGGACCUGAUUCACAAGUUCUCCGUACCAGACAGCCCCAUCUCCCCCAUGUCCUCCCCAGAGAUGUCCCCCAGCACGGGGCCUCUGACUGGGAAGGCCCCCGGAGCAGAGCCAGGGGGGCCCGGAGGAGUGCCGGAGCCCAGCAGACCUGCUGCUGAGGGCCAGGAAGGAGAAAGAGAGAAGUCUCCUCAGAGGAGCUCCAUGCCCUCCGUGACAGUGACCGUGACUCCCCCCACUGAGGAAUCCUCUCGCACGGACAAGCAGAGUGAGACGACUGGCCCCUCCAAUGGGGCUUUGGCAGGCAGCGGGACAAAGGUGGAAUGCCACUUUGAUUCCAGCAAGCAGCCUGAGAGCCCCUCAUCCGAGGAGGAGGCGCCCAGCGCCAAGGCCAGCCAGAACCCCAAGUAUCAGCUGUACAUGAGUGGAGAGGCCCUGGGGAACGGCUCCAGAGAUCCAGAGGGGCUGGUGGGAGAGAGCGGGCCCCGGACCAGCCGCUGGGAGAGCAGCAGGCAGGGGACGAGCAACCGGGGCUCCAUGGAGUCCCUCCUCUCCAGAGACUGGGACACCAUGUCAGACCGGGUGGGUGGCUUUGAGAGCCCUCCUCUCCGCGUCUUCAACAGCCCCUACACAUCAUCUCUGGAUUUCAAUCCCAUCCACAGGAUGUCUGAGUAUAAGGUCCAGGACGGGCUCUCCCCUGCCACCGACUUCAACAUCUUUGGGCUGAACGGGCGAAGCACCAGCCCUGUGACAUUCACCAACGUGCACGCCCCUCGUGCACGCUACACUUCAACCUAUGACACCCUCACCAGGAGACGGGAGAGAGAGACGGCCCCCAACCAAGUGUCUCUGCGCUCGGGCAUGUCCAACAAACGGGACUACAUUGAGGAGCUGACCAAACAGCUGGAGGAGGUUCAGAGGAGGAACCAGUUCUUGGAGGCCGAGAGCAUUGAGAUGGAUAAGGAGCGAAACCAGAUCCGCUUUGAGAUGCGUGGGCUCCUGGUCAACAAUGAAGACCUGGUGCGCAACAACACCCAGCUGCAGGGGGAGAUGAAGAAGAUGAGGGACAGGAUGGUGGAGGUGGAGUCCGACCACAACGUCAUGGUGGAGCGUUUCAGACAGAUGGAGGGUGAACUGAAAGAAGCCAGAGAGGUGAUGGUAGAAGCCAACACUCAGGAGUACGCCUUCAACUUCCUCCAGCAGUCCCUCAAGAACAAGAUUCAGGAUGCUGAGGACGCCCUGGACAAGCAGACGCAGCACGCUCAGGUCAUCUCUGAGAAGCUGUGGUUAGCGGAGCGGAAGCUGGAGGAGCUGGAGGUGGACAAAGAGACCAGAGGCAAGAAGAACUCUGAGCUCAACAGCUCUGUGCAGCGCCUGGAGGAUGAGCUGGCCGAGGCCUUGCAGACGUCUACACAGGCCAGUGUAGAGCUCAGCCUGCAGCAGAAGCUGAGAGCUGAUGCCCAGCUGCGGGUGGAGGAGCUAGAGGAGAGCCUGCUGGAGAAGAACCAGGAAAUGCUCAGACUCCAGCAGAUCAUCCACAGACUACAGGGAGAGGUCUCCGGUAAGCUGAUUGAUAAGGAGCAGAGCUUGGAGGAGGAGAUCCAGCUGAGGGAGAGGAUCCAGCUGCAGUGCAAACAGGCCGAGCGCCACGUGGAGGACCUGCAGAUGGAGAUACACACAGCCAAACAGGCCAGAGAAGACCUGGUCAAACAGCUCAAGAGCACACAGGAGAGGAUCAUUGACCUGGAGAGUGACCUGGAGGAGAUGCACGACAGUGAGCAGAGAUGGGCUUCCAAGCACAAGAGAGUGCUUGAACAGACAGAGCAGCUUCAGCUGAGACUGAUUCAGGAGAAGGACCUGAGUGAUCAGCUCGAGUGUGAGAAAGCCAUCUUCGAGAGACAGGUGAAAGACUUGCGUUUGGAAGUGGAGGAUUUGCAGAUCUCUAAAGUGCAGGAGGACGUCGUCAGCAAAGCAGAGAGCAAAGUCAAAGAGCUGGAGAAUACUCUCAGAGCAGAGGAGAGGAGUAAGACUGUUCUGGCCAAUACCGCCAACAAGCUGGAGAGAAGAAUCAACGAGCUCACUGACCAGCUGGAGGAGGAGCACAGGAUCGCCACAGAGCAGAGGGACCUGAUGACCCAGCGCUUGCGCUCUAUGAAGCGGCAGCUUAAUGAUGUGGAGGAGGAGGCCAGCCGGAAGGAGGCCCAGCAGAGGCACACGCAGAGGGAGCUGACCGAGGAGAGGGAGACCAGCCAGCGCCUUCAGAGACAACUGCUGGACCAACACCUACAGCUCAAGAGGAAGGAGUCGCUGAUGAUGAAGCAGACCCUGGGUAACCUAAGACUAGACCUGAGUGUUGAUGAGGAAGAUGGGCCUGCAGGCAGCACCGCCAUCUAAGAGUGCAAGAGACCCUAGACCAUGGGGCAGCACCCUACAGCACCCCACACCCUGAACACAUCCAGCUGAUUACACCAUCUAAGAGUGCAAGAGAAGAGACAGCACCCCACACCCUGAACACAUCCAGCUGAUGAGAUCUCCUAAGACCUCCGUAGCCUGAAAAGCCACCACCUAACUGCUUCCUCUUGUUGAACUAGUGAACAAUAUUCGUAAACAGUUGAUUGUCACAAAGUGACCAGUUUCAGGAGAGCUCAGCGUUUAAAAACACAUUGUUUACACUGUAGCUUCCUUUCACUCAUGUACGGGAUACAAGUGACAGUUCUUAGGAUUGGAUACAGUAAUGAGAAUCAAAUUCAGUAGCAAAGCUUGUACCCAGACCUCAUGUCAAAAACCAAUACAUAUAUUAUAUUUUCAUACAGCAUCAGACAAGACAUCACCCACCUGCAUUACAAUAAGUUGCUUGAAUGAAGAGCAGAUAUGUAAUCACCAACAGACCUACAAUUUUCAAGCUGUUGACUUGACCUUGUUUUUGUUUCUACUUUGGCCAAGAUAUUCUGUUGUUGAAUGUAAAAUAUGUAAGCAACAGUCUUUCUGUUUCAUUCACUGAUAUAUGAAUCUGGGUUUUGUGGUGUUUAAUUUGAAUGAGACUUCCAAAAGUGCAUGCCAUCUUGUUUAUGAGUGAUAGUUAUUGUUCUUAACUAUAUCACCAAAGUUUCAUAUGUAUAUAACGUACAAGGGCUAUAUAUGUCGUCUUCUGUGUAAAAAGGCAAACGUUUGAAUGUGAAAGGAAAGGGAGAAAUAGUGCUGGAAAAUAAAAUACAAAAUAAAAACAAUAAUACUGGUUUACUUAGCAAUAGAAUCUUACUUACUUUACUGAACUAGUAGUAUAGAAAUACUUGUAUGUCCUGUCAUACAAUAUAUGUAUGUGUUGUUUACAUGUUGUUCAGACUGCUAUUGAAAGGCAUAGCAAGGAAUGCAGUGGCAAAUGUCAUCAAAGGGAACACAUUUUUUUAUUUAACGUGCCUCUCAACUGAUGUAUUUAUUCUUCUCUGUGAAUUCAAUAAGCUUCAGACUACCAAUGUUGUCAAAUAAACUUUGAUAAAUGCA